UAAUAAAUAUACAAUAAAAUAAUUGCAGAGAAUGAACAACAAUAAAGAAUCGGAUUUGGAAUUUGUGAAAUUGGUUGAGAGCUAUCCAAUUCUCUAUGCUAAGGAGCAUACGCGCGGCAACAAGAAUUCCACACUGAAAAAUGACAUUUGGCGAGAAAUAGCCCAGCGUGUAAAGAAAUCUGAGGUAGCCUGCAUUACUCGAUGGAAGUCGAUACGUGAUCGAUUUGGCAAAGAGUUUAGGCGCCAACAACAAAAUCCUCAAGAUGUUACCAAUUGGGAGUUAUUUCCACAUUUGUGGUUCCUCAAAGAUCACUACAAACAAGGAAGUGCGUGCAACAAUGACAUUGAGUGUAUAAAAUACGAACCAAGAGUAAAGAAACGUAAAUUAAACAGAUCGGAAGAGGAUGAAGAUUCGGGGGAAAAUAGUGAUAUGAAAAUAUCACCGGAAGAGCUAGCGUUAAAUCAAAAUAUUAUUGCACUGGUAAAGGAACAUGAUGUACUGUAUGAUCGUAAACGGGUGAGAGAUUCGAAAAAUUUGACAGCCAAAAAUGAGGCCUGGUCGAAUAUAGCAAAUGCCCUUGGUAUAUCAGAGGAAACGUGCUACAACAAAUGGAAGAAACUGAGAGACCGCUUUUCACGAGAAUACCGACAAGUCCAACUGAAUCCCGAUAAACCCGUAACAUGGAUAUAUUUCAAUGAUUUACGAUUUCUGGAGAGUCACUACCGGAAAGGAAUACCUCUUCCCAUCGAAGAAAUAAAACGUAAAGAACGAAUGUCAGCCGCUACAAAGACGACUGCUAAUCAAUCCACCACGUCCACCGCACAAUCGGAAAAUCCCUGGGGUGAUGACUUUAGUCAUUCCUAUUACUCGGAUAACGAAGAUCACGUUGAACAUGAACUAAUAGCGGAGGAGACCGAUAUACAAGAACUGCAGGAGCAGACAUUCGAUGAAUUUCUGCUGUUGCCCAACAAAAAAGAAAGUAAACCCGGCACCCCCAAUCCACAAAUGCAACACAUUACCUACCAUGUGGCACAGGAUGUAACACCCACGAGCACAACCUAUGUAACCACAACGAAUGCACCACACACGACAGAGAAUAGCCCGCAUCUGGAUGCCGAAGAUAAACUUCACAAUGUCAUAUCAAGUAUGGAAAAUGUGCUACGGCAAUCACAAGAUUGUCUGAAGGCUAUACAAAACCAAAAGGCCCAAUUUCGCUAUGAAUUGGAACAGCAACACCUCAGCAUGCAACCGGAGAUGCUGCAAAAGGUACACAUACUGCUUGAUGGUCUGCAUCCCGAUCAGAAAGCAAAGGCCGAACGUAAAAUUUUACAAUUUCUAUGUGAAUGCCAAAUUAAGAUCUUAAAUAAUGAGGAAAUAGCAGAUGUUGCUCCCGUGAAUAUAUAUUGA